AUGGCCCGAUCUGGUAAAAUCACGGGGCCCCCGCCUUUGCGGCGGUCGGCGGUGAUAUCUAGUUCGGUCAUGCCAGGGAGUUUUUCCGAUUUCAACCGCGCAACACCAAAUUACAUGACCAGUUCAAGGCUUCACGCUCUCCCCAUUCACGCAGUCCAGCAAUUAAGCAGAUCCCGAGCUCGCCUCCGAGAAGCAUACAGCUCAGCGGCCGCAGAACAGCGCAACCACACUAUGGAGGAAAUCAUCAAAAUGCAGAUCCCUUGCCUUGACGCCAUGAUCGAGGAGGCGAAUCGCACGGCUCAGAUCUUCUACGGCUCGAUCCGCACGACGACCGUCGACAUGGCGCAGCUAGGCCACAGCACCCCCCCAAGGGCACCGACUUCUUCUCCAUGCAACUCAGUCCGGGCUACUUUGUGGCCCCCCUUGCCCGUCGACGACGCGACGCGCAGCAGGUCGAAGAACCAGACAAGAACGGUGAGGAAUACUUACGACGCCCAGGCCGAACCGCCAGAUGUGGGGCGGCCUGGGUCCGCGCGGCUGUUACUCGAGGCGAUUGGCAUAUCUGCAGCUGCGCAACAUGUUGGUCAUGAUGAUCGGGAACUUUGA